AUAUUGUGAAACUCAAACAUUUUAAACAUCAAAUUUCUCAAAACUAGGUACUGAGCAAAUAGAACCUUGUAAUUCUGAGGUAGCGAGAAGUCUAGUGGUUAUACUCAAUGCACGGGGCCAGUCGAAUUAAUUUGGCUGAGUUGGUGCCAGCCAAAUUUUUCUUCGUGAAUGGUGCAAAGGUUAUCACAUUGGCAUAUUACAAUCGAAUUUAAUAUUGUGUCAAUGAGGGCGUAAAGCACCAACAUAAAGAGCCCAAACAAAUUCACCUGACUGCGUGGUUGUCUUGAGUUGACAAUAAAUUUCCGCACCUGCCGAAUUGUAUAUUCAGUGGCAGAUUCACCUUUGAUCGUAUCUCGGUUAGAUCUGCGUCAUCCGUGGCGUAAUAGUGUUAGGCUCUUCGAUUUUGCACCCCAAAGACCUGAGUUCGAUUCCCGAAAAAAGCUAUUUUAUCGAGUUUCUCUUUUUGUCUGCCGGGUUGUUAUUAUAUCCCUUUCAGUGAGUGCAUGUUAAGCAAAGUCGGUACUGUCAGAGCAGCCCUCUUUCUAAACAAUCUAAUUUGUGUCGAUGGGGAUGUAAACAUUCACACUCAAUCGUGCCUCUUUUCCUUUGGACAACAGUAUGGAAACCGGAGACACCAGUGUCCGGUAUCUGCCUCUGUGUGCAGAUAAAAUACGUAUGCAGGCUCAGAGCAGCCUUCCCUUUAAAUGAACGUAAUUGCCUCGAUGGGAUCACACUAUAGAUUGCAAUAGAAUGUUCUUUUCAUAUACCAGUGCACUGGACAGUCUAUUCUUCUUUCAGAACAAAACACAAAGUAAAAUAACAUUUUAAACAAAUGUGUAUAACUGUUUCUCGGUAUGAACAUAAGGCAACAUUGUGUGUAAUAUUCUUGGAAUACAUUUUGAUAGUAUUUGUACUUUUACUUUUUCAGAUACCGUCUCCUUCUUGAUUGAAAUUGUGUUGAUUUAGGCGUAAAACAUUUCCAAUCAUCAAGUCCUACGGGUAAUAUAGGCUACACCGUGGAUUGGUCUGUAUUUGUGAGGUGUCGCGGAGAAACCAAGAGCUCAUCAAAACGAUGAAAUAAAAGAAACCGGCAUUUUUCUGGGCGUAGAGCAAUUUUUUUAAAUUGAAUUUCAUUUUUUGGCUCUACACCCUUUAUGUACUUUUGAAAAUACAAUUCUGUGUGGAUGCUAUCGAAAAAAAAACCCCAGUGACUAAAGACUAAAAAAAAGUAAAUUUCUGGUUUCCAAGGACACUCAAUUUGUAGAAGCCACCAAACUUCGGUGACCUUUUUCUUGCUAAUUUUACCUCUCACACCAGGCGACCCACACCUCCUUCAUUUAUUACUACAAACAAAUAGACGUCUAUUCAAGAUAAACAGGUAUUUUUGUUCGCCAAGUGCAAGACAAAUGAAUCAGCUUUAAGGUGAUAUUAAUAACUUCAUAAACCCAAAAAUUGACGAGUGCCUGAUUCCUCCGCGUAAUGGAACAUUCUAAAAACCGCACACACGGUUAUUUGCUCACUCCAAUAAGGUCUACGUUUCUUUAGCACAGGGCACUGUGAAUCGAAACCUGAGAGUCGAACAUAGUGUCGAGAGUUUUAUUUUUUGCAAAUUUUGGAUAUCACUUGAGAACAUUCCCCACAAUAGAGGGUCUGAUAAUUGUGGGUCAAGUUAUUGUGCACAUGUUAUAAGUGCGGUAAAUACGCAAAAGCUGCAAGUUGUUUCCUUAAACCGUUGUUAAGUCUCUAUUUGUGUGCUCGCAUUCUACAUGUAGCACGGGACAGCCUGACAAAGUCAACGUACAUCGAGCAAAGUGGUGACAGUGAGUUGUCAAGACACUUGGAGAAAAUUGGAGAUGAAUGCGUCAUCGACACGAAACACUGUGAUCCCUUCCAAAUUUCUGACCGGUGUGGGCUCCAGCUACAGGAUGUGCUGCGAAAACAUCACCGCGUGCAUGAUGGUGCAGAGGAUGUGGCCGUUGAACCUGACCGGUGUUCAGAGAAGGCUACGAGCCAGGGAUAUGUCCACCUACAGCACGGUUGUUUGUCUACAGAUCUAUGCUAUUCCUUUUCUCGUACUAUUAGGUAUCUUCUUGUCCACGUUCACCUGCGUGGUGUUGCUGAGGACGAGACUAAGGAAAAAGUUCUACUCCCACUUCCUGGUGGGCGUGUCCGUGUGUUCCCAGGGCUUUCUGCUCACAGUCAUGGUCAACUGGAUGUUCAAUCAGGGUGUGCCGGUAUUUGGUGUGGCUGGAGUUUGUCAGAUGACCAUUUUCUGCAGCCAUUUUUUCCCGUUCUUGGUGUUCUGGUUGAGCGUGGUGGGCGCCAUGAUGAUUCUACUGGACCUCACCCGACUCAGGACAUACAAGUGGAUGAACUCUCCUGGGGCUGCCAAGUCCUGGGUCAUAGGCCUGAGUUUACUGGCGUUCACCGUGUAUUCUUACAAGACGUGGACUCACGGUGUAUUUCGCUACCGAGACCGAGACAUGUGUAUCGUGUUCCCUGAGAAUGAGGCUGUGAUGGAAGUGCUCAACGUUAUCGACUUGAUGCUUCUCCUUUACCUACCAAGCUUCAGUUUUCUCUUCUUUGACGUGGCUCUGGUGUUUUGGAUUUGCUGUCGCGCUUCAAAGGUAACCUGGAAAUGGGUGUACAAACAAGAGCCUGGCACAGAUGACCUGACGGUGAACCAAGCCUUACAGAUCCUGUUCUACCUCUUCUUCGUGGUCAAUCCGAUCUUCCCUUUCUGCGUUUCCCGAAAGUUCCGGCGGAAUGUCUCCGUCCUCAUCUCUCACGGCUGCUCCAAGAACAUCGCCAUGAGGUACCUGCGACCUGCCUCUCCGACGUUGUAG